AUGCCUAAUAACGAAGCGUUGCACAACUUUUACCAGGGCUUGCUGGCGAACAGGGGCACCCAUAUUGCGCGAGCAGUUAGUUCGUCGGUAUGUCGGGUCUUGCACGAAGAUAAGAAGGCUAUCAGGAGGAUAGAUAUGCAAAAGCAUCCGGUGGACGGAUUCUCCGCCGGUCUUGUUGACGACGAUAAUAUCCUCGCGUGGGGCAUUGUGAUCAUGGCCCCCGCCGACACUCUUUGGGACGGCGCAAUCUUGAAGGCUCGACUCAUCUUCCCUCCUGAAUAUCCACUCCUCCCGCCCCAAAUGAUCUUUGACUCGGAAAUGUGGCACCCAAAUGAGAAGAAGGGCGAAGAGUUUGUGUCCAUCCUGCACGCGCCUGGAGAGGAUGAGUGGGGAUAUGAGCAUGCGUCUGAGAGGUGGCUGCCCGUGCAUACCAUCGAGUCUGUUCUCAUCUCUGUCAUCUCCCUCCUGGGCAUUGACGUUCCCGACUUGAACUCUCCUGCCAACGUUGAUGCCGCCAAGGAAGUACGGGAAGAUUAUUCUGCGUACAAGAAGAGAGUCAAGCGACUGGCGAGGCGAUCCGCCGAAGUGGCUUACGACGACUGA